AUGACAAGCAAUCAAUGUAGAACUACUGCACCUAGAAUUGCUGCUGAAACACAACUAAACUUGCCUACUUUUAAGUUGCAUGACCAUGCAAAUUUGGAUAGGAGGCUUAGCUCGAGAAAUCAGAAUGGGAAACUCAAGAAAAAGGCAGCAAAUGUAGCUGAUAAAUCAAAGGAAAAGCUACUACAAAUUGAAAGAGCAUUCACUCAAGUCACUAUUUCAAGUGCUGAUCAACAACCCAAUAAAAAGGGAGUGUCACAAGAGGAAAAUUCUAAGAAAAGGAGAUUGCCUAUGAAAGGAACGAUGGUAGAUGAUAACUCAAGAUCUAAGGAAGGACUAGUGAUUGAAGAUGUUGAAUCAAUGACAAGACAAGGUGCUGCUCCUAAGGAUACAAAAACAAAAUUGGGGUCAAUGUCAAUUGAUCAAUUUCUUAAAGAAAAUGGAAGCACUGAUGAUGAAGACGAAAAUAUUCAAAAUGGAAGUGAGGAGGCGGAACAAUAUGUUGGAGAAGGAAAUACAUACCAAGAUGAAGAUGGUGAAUUGAAUGAAAAAGAAGGGACAAAGAAGAAAAGAACAAGAGGACCAACUCAAUGCUUAGCAAUACACGGAAGAUCAAUGCAAGAUCGUCCAGAAGUUGUAUUGGAUGCAGAUGGAGAACCUAUUGGUCCGACUGACAAAAUUGUAACUGACUUGAGUUAUUUCCUUGGCACAAUAGCGAGAAAUUCAACCUUUUGUCCCUUGAUUUACACAAGUUUCAAAGCUCUACUCAAAGAUAAAGAUAAUAAGGCUCAUAUAUGGACAUAUGUUCUGGAAAAGUUCAAUAUUAGUGAUAAAGGAGAGAAAGCCGUAUUUACUCGUAUAAAUGAUGCAUGGAGACGCUACAAAAGUUUUAUCAAGAAAAAACACUUUUCAAAGUACUCCACAUUGAAGGAUCGGCUAAAACAUCGUCCUUUAUUCCUUUCUGAAGCUCAUUUCAAGCAAUUGCUCAAAUAUUGGAACAUUAGUACUAUCCAGAGCAUUAGCGAGAGAAAUGCUGCAAAUAGAGCUAAGCAAAAGUACAUCCAUCGCAUGGGGCCAACUAGUUUUGCUAGAAUUCAUGCUGAAUUGGUAAUAUAUUUCUACUUAUGUCAUCCGUACCAAGAAAGAGGUAGGAGAAAAAGUUACUCAAGCUGA